GUCUCCCGUCCAUGACAUCACCAACUGACCCCCCAGAGUCAAUAACUAAGCACUCAUUGAAAUAUAAAACAAAUGUAACAUCCAUCCCUUGCAGCAACAUUCUUGGAAUUCCUUACAAUCAGACAUUCGUCACAUUUCUCUCACUUUACACACGAAACAAUUGAACAUCAAUAACCACAUAAUCAUAAUGGACAAACUCUCCGGUCUCGCCUCGAAGCUCAGCGGUGGCAACAAGUCUGGUGGUGACGCGCAGGCCUCGGGGUCUAGCGGAAACCAGGGCCAGGAGGAUUACCUUGAUAAGGGUCUCGACUCGGUCGAACAGAAGUUCGGUGGUGGCAAGAUCGAUCCUCAGAAGAUGCGCUCGACGAAUGAGAAAAUCACGGAUACGGCGAGGAAUCAGUUUGAGAGUGCUACCGGAAAGAAAGUCCCCGAGAAGUUUUCCAAUUAGUUCCACUACAAGAGACAUUGAAGGAUAUGAGAAUAUUUAUUGUAUAAUGAAUUAAUUAAAUUUCGGAAUUGCAAACUUCCAAUGUUAUAGACUAUAUAUUGAGA